GCAAACAAUAAGGUCCAAGAAAACCUUGCCAGUUCUUCUUCAUCUAUGUCUAGGGUUGAAAUUGAGAAUACGGUCUUUACUGAGCUUAUAUAUAAAGGUGAAGUACCUAAACGUCCUCUGAAUUAUGGCUUUGGAGUGAAGAAAAGUGACAUAUUUGGAGUCGAAGGGGUGCUUAGGAAAGAAGGGUCAACCUGUGUUAGCAACAAUGCUAUGGAAAUGGAGAACAUGAAAGGCGAACUAUCGAUUGUCAAGAAGCAAAAUGCGGACCUUGCAGAACAAAAUCAAGUCCUGAACUCCAAGUUUGAUGAAACAACACAAUCCUUUAAAAUGAUUGCUUCUUUUUUGGGACAAGUUUUGAAGGAAGUACGCAAAGGAAAUGUUUCAUCCGCCCUUUUAGAUGGUGCGGAAUCAGCAAUACAUAUGAUUAAUGAUGAUUCUGGUGGCAAUGGUGAAGAGAAUGCUGACACAUGAGACAAGGAC